AUGAAGUCAAAAGAAGAAGAAGAAGAAGAAGAGUAUGAUCUCUCUAUGUCCAUGGCGGAUGAACCGAGCUAUACAGACCUUGCAGACGAUUCUACCUUAGAACCCCUAACCAAGCAAGUCAGCCAUGGUAUGAAGCUGCGGAUGAAUGUUGGGAAAUGGUUUAAAAAUGGCAUAGCAAUGCUGGGCAAUUUCUUAUCUCUCAGCUUUUUCCUUGUGAUAAUCGUUCUGGUCGGAAUCGCAUUUGACGUUGGAGGAAAAUUUUGUGGACUGGUUUUGACACUCGCUCUGGAAGCGUAUUUUUGUUCUGUUGCUUUUUUAAAGCUUUUUGGACUUCGUAAAUUUGCCGUCAUUCUUCAUUUUCUUGAACCUUUACUCGUUCUUCAGCUUUUAAUAAUCGUCCUUAAUAUCUCCCCCAGUCUUGAACAAAAUAAAAUCGCAAACUAUGUCAUCCAUGCUUGGAAUGUGAUACUCUUACAUUGCACUCCUCUUUUUAGCCUGCUAGAAGGCCUCGCAUCUUUACUUGUCAUACAAGCUCUUGGGCAUUUGGGUCGCUGGCUUGUGCAUUACAAGUCUGAAAACUGGAUGUUCUUCAUUCUCCUGAAUGCUAGCAGCGUUAUCUCUAUGAGCUUAUAUUUACUGUACCGCGUUUCUUCAUUCACAAUUUCAAAUUGUAAUGCAGUCAUGAUUGGGUUUUCUUUGGCUGCUGUCGCAGUCGUUUCCAUUUAUGGCGUCUCUUCUGGAAGAGCUAGUCUUUCCGAGGCUUCUUUAAUGUUUUCAUACAUUGCUUACACAGUCUAUAUGGUUUGCACCGACUUUGGAAAUCCGAUUACGAUUUCAACACAAAAACCAAAUUUUGACUACCUACCACCAGACGUAUUACAGAGCGUACAUCAUUUACUUUCUUCCAUUUCUUCCAUUUUCCCAAAGACCCUUUCAAAUGUUGCUUUGUUUAUGGUUGCAGCCAUCAAGACAGUUGCACCUAGUGUGUUUGCUACGUUCGCUUAUCGUAUAACGGUUAUGUACGCAGUGACUCGGAUUCUUCCAGCUAUACAACAAAAUAUAGUAUAUCUCGAAUAUAGCCGAACAACAAAACAGAGCUUAUGGACAGUGAUCUCACCCUGUAUCUUAAUUGCCGUCUAUACGAAUUUGCUCCUUCAGCACCUAUAUCCAGCGCCUUCUUUCGGUUCUCUUACCAACCAAGUUCUUUGUUCAGCAGAGAUCUGGCGCUGGGUUACUGCAAUCUUAACCAUUAUUUUAUACGCUGUUGAAUUAGCAUACAGCAAAGAGAGCAAUACGGGACAAGCUCUUGCAAGUCAUUUUAAGCUGGACUAA